AUGGCGAUGGGAGGUGAUGGCAGACGCAAGGCUGGAAGCGGACGCCGUGACCGGGCGGGCGGCGCGGGGCUCAGGCCGGCAGGCCUGCUCUUCCGCCUGACCGAGGUGCAGCGCGCCGGUAUCAGUGUACCAUUUCAUUAUACCUCAAAAGAGGACACUUCCAGUGGUGAUGAGGUGGGUAGAGGUGAUUUGAUCCUGUUCUUUGGAGAGAUUUGGAGUAACGUCGGACAGGCGGUCAUCCGCAGGGCGUGGCCGGGGCGGGGGAGUAGAGGAGGGGCGGGGGCGACGGCUGAGGCCGGCGUCGCGGCGCAGCGCGGAACAGCGGUCGUAAAUCACGCCUGUGGCGGCGGCGGCGGCGGCGGCGGCAGUGGAGGAGGCGGUGGCAGUGGCGGCGGAAGCUGCUGGGGUGGUCCGGCGCGUCACCUCCGCGCCGCACCACUCAGCGACACCAACCUCCCUCCGCGCCUGCCCCUCGACGACCCACCUCGGGGCGAGAGCUGCCCCAAGCGACGCUCCUCUGCUGCCUCCGCGUUGGCACUCUAG